AUGUCAUUUGUUGAUGCAAUUGUUAUUGGGGCUGGUUUUGGUGGACUUUAUAACCUCUUAAAGCUCAAGGAGCUUGGGCUUUCAGUCAGAGGCUUUGAUAAGGCUCCCGAAAUUGGCGGUACAUGGUACUGGAGCCAAUACCCCGGCGCGACGAGCGAUUCUGCCAGCGAGAUUUAUAGAUUCCGCUUCAAUAAGGAUCUAUUACAGACAGACGAAUGGCCGAACCACUAUGUGUCACAACAAGGGAGCCUGCAAUACUUGAAAAACAUAGCGAAGCUGUAUGACCUGGAGAAGGAUAUUCAACUUAAUACUAAACUGAUAUCGGCUUCUUUCGACUCAGCAUCGUCUAUAUGGACCGCCACAUUUGACAAUGGUGAGGUUUGGAAAUCUACAUACUUGAUUUUGGCUGUAGGGUGUUUCCACACGCCUAAUUAUCCUAAGAUUACUGGCCUUGAUAAAUUCAAGGGUCCAGUGUACCACACAGCUGUAUGGACUGAGCAAUAUGAUCUUAAGAAUAAAAGAGUUGGUAUUAUUGGUAAUGGGUCUUCUGGCGCGCAAAUUUUGGUAAACAUCGCAGAUGAUGUAAAGCAGGUAAUUUCUUUCCAGCGCUCAGCACAGUACGUUGCUCCCCACCCAAACAAGCCUGUAUCGGCCGAGUAUAGAGCAAACGUCAACAAAAAUUAUGAUGAAAUCUGGAAAAUGGUUGAUAAUCAUCCUACUGCAAUGCCCUUGGAGCAUCAGGCGACUCCAGCCAUGAGCGUUAGCCCAGAAGAACGGGAACGUAUCUGGGAAGACAUCUGGAAUAAGAAGAGUGGCUUCAGCUAUAUGUAUGGAGUCUUUGGCGAUAUUCACUCUAGUGAAGAGGCAAACAAAGAACUUUGCAAGUUCUUCAACAAGAAAAUUGCUCAGAUUGUGGAGGACCCGGAGAAAGUUAAAAAGCUGACGCCAAAUGAACUCUAUGGCAAACGACCGGUUACACUCUCUAAUUACUAUGAGACAUUCAACAAGAAGAAUGUUGAUAUCGUUAACUACCAACAUACCCCUUUUGUAGAAGUUACUGAAAACGGUAUCCGAACCACCGAGAAGCUGCAUGAGCUAGAUGUCAUUAUCUUGGCGACCGGUUUUGAGGUCGUGGAUGGCAGCUACGCAACCAUCGACAUUAGUGGCCGUAAUGAAACCUUGAGCCAGCAGUGGGCUCGAGACGGUGUGUCUUCUUACUUAUCGAUCGGCGAUACGGGAUUCCCCAACAUGUUUUUUAUCGCAGGCCCGCAAUCGCCGCUCGGCAAUAUGCCACCGAUGAUCGAGACACAAGGUACUUUUAUCAGUGGGAUGAUAGCCAAGGCCGAGAAGUUGAAGAAAGAAAAUGGAGGCAAGCCGGUUCUCAUUGAAGCUGAUACAGAAGCUAAGAAGGGGUGGAUGGAUCUUUGCCGCCAGAUUGCAAACGGUAGCUUGUUCAGAAAUGUCAAAUCUUACAUCUUCGGCAAUAAUGGCCCAAGAGGAGAAGACAAUCCUGGAAUUUUCUGGCUUGCGGGUUACACCAACUACCGAAAAGCUGUGCUAGAGGCGGCAGAAAAGGACUAUGCUGGGUUCAAAUUCUCAUCUUGA